AUGGCCAUUGAAAUCUGCUCUUUGUUUUCCUGGUCUUUGUUCUGCUCAACAGCAGUGCUCCUCGCCAUUUUCUUGAAACACAGGAAAGACUGUAGCAGGAGUGAAACAAAACUACCACCAGGGGAAAUGGGACUUCCUUGGAUCGGUGAAACGAUAGAGUUCUACAAAUCACAACGCAGCAACCGGUUGUUUGAAGAGUUUGUUCAACCACGGAUCGCAAAAUAUGGAAAGUUGGUGAUAAGCUCAUGGCCUACCACAUCAGUUCAGCUCAUGGGCAUGAAUUCCAUCAUGGAAAAGCAAGGGGAGCAACACCGAUGCCUACGUGGAAUAAUCGCCACCACCCUUGGCCCCGCAGGGCUUGAGGCUUUAGUGCCAAAAAUGUGCGACUCAGUUCAGUUAUACCUAGAUAAAAAUUGGAAUAUAAGAGAUGAGAUCAGUCUUUACCAUUCUACCAAAGCCUUGACGUUUACCAUAGUUUUGGAGUGCUUGCUGGGGAUCAAUUUUGAGCCUGGAACACUGAAUACUUUUGAGAGAGUUUUGGAAGGAGUUUUUGCUCCACCUGUUUCAUUUCCUGGUUCCAAGUUUUCAAGAGCCAAGAAAGCCAGGCAGGAGAUUAAAGAAAUGUUAAUUAAAGUGGUAAGGGAGAAGAGGGAGGAGAUGGAAAGUGGGCUGGGGGGUGAUGAAGGAAUAUUACUUUCCCAGUUGGUGAGCGGGAUGAUUCGAGGGGAGAUCAGCGAAGAGGAAGUUAUUGAUAAUGUCGUGUUGCUUGUGUUUGCAGCUCAUGAUACAACAUCUUUUGCCAUUGCCAUGACUUUCAAAAUGUUAGCUGAGCAUCCAGACUGCCAUUCCCUCCUCCUUCAAGAACAUGUUGACAUAAUGAACAAGAGGAGACCCGAAGAGAAUCUAACAUUGGAAGACACAAAGAAGAUGAAAUAUACAUGGCAAGUUGCACGUGAAAGCAUGCGGCUUUUCCCUCCUAUCUUUGGCUCCUUUAGAAAAGCUAUUGCUGAUAUCGAAUAUGAAGGAUUCACCAUUCCUAAAGGGUGGAAGGUUCUGUGGACAACAUAUGGCACCCACUACAAUGAGGAGUAUUUCAAGGAUCCUCUAACUUUCAAUCCAAGCAGAUUUGACGAGCCAAUUGCACCAUAUGCUUACCUUCCCUUUGGUGGAGGACCAAGGCUUUGUGCAGGGAACCAACUGGCAAAGUUAAAUAUCCUCAUCUUCAUCCACUAUGUUGUAACUCGUUACAAUUGGUCCUUACUCUGCCCUGAUGAGCAAAUCACCAUGGACCCCCUCCCAUUCCCUUCCCACGGAAUGCCCAUCAAAGUUUCUCCCAAGUCUUAUUAG